AGAGACUCUCUUACUCUGUACAGUGUAGUAUGAGGAUGUGAAACUGGACUUGAUAUAGUUAUUUGUGCCUGAGUGAAAAACUGCCACAUGGAACCCCAGAGAGGAAGACAAUAUCUCGAAAGCAGCCAAGGCUGACCCGACCGCGGCCCUCGCAGCAGCUGCAAGAAGGAACCGAGGGACCGAGGCCUCCUCGCUGCCCCUCUCGCUGCCCAGACGGACACCGAGGCCUUCUCACUCCCGGGACAGACACACCGCCACCCUCGCUCCCAGCGGUAGCCACAGCCAGCGACUCGCGGCAGCGGAUCGAGCCCUUUCUCCGGCUGUUGACUCUCCUCUGGCGGAAAGGUCGCGGCCUGUGGCCCUGCAGGCAGCCUUCUGAGAUGAGUUCCAGCGCCCCCAGCUCCUCCUCUUCCACGCUCUACAUGGAGGACCUACACCCGGACGUGACGGAGGUGAUGCUCUACGAGAAGUUCAGGCCGGCGGGGCCCAUCCUCGCCAUCCGAAUCUUCAGGCACGGGUCAACCCGUCACUCCUUGGGCUGCGCUUACGUGCGCUUCCAGCAGCCAGCGAGUGCGGAGCGUGCUUUGGACACCAUGAAUUUUGAUAUUGUGAAGGGCAAGCCACUUCACAUCAUGUUGUGCCAGCGAGAUCCACCGCUUGGCCAAAGAGGAGUGGGCAACAUAUUCAUUAAAAAUUUGGACAAAUCCAUUAAAAAAGAAGCACUGUAUGAUGCAUUUUCUGCAUUUGGUAACAUCCUUUCAUGUGAAGUGGUUUGUGACGAAAAUCGUUCCAAGCAUUAUGGAUUUGUACAUUUUGAGACAGAGGAAGCAGCUGAAAGAUCUAUGCAAAAAAUGAAUGGGAUGCUUCUAAAUGAUCACAAAAUAUUUGUUGGACGAUUUAAGGCUCCUGAAGAACGAGAAGCAGAUCUUGACGUUAAUGCAAACGAGUUCAUCAACGUUUGCGUCAAGAAUUUUGGAGAAGACAUGGAUGAUGACCAACUUAAAGAUCUCUUUGGCAAGUUCGGACCUGUCUUGAGUGUGAAAGUAAUGACCGAUGAAAGUGGAAAAUCUAAGGGUUUUGGAUUUGUGAGCUUCAGAAGACAUGAAGAUGCACAGAAAGCUGUGGAUGAGAUGAAUGGAAAGGAACUCAAUGGAAAACAAAUUUACGUUGGCCAAGCUCAGAAGAAAGCGCAACGGCAGGCAGAACUUAAGCGCCAAUUUGAACAGAAGAAGCAAGAUAGGAUCAGCAGAUGCCAGGGUGUUAACCUCUAUGUGGCAAAUCUUGAUGAUCAUAUUGAUGAUGAACGUCUCCAGAAAGAAUUCUCUCCAUUUGGUACUAUCACUAGUGCCAAAGUUAUGAUGAAGGGUGGUUGCAGCAAAGGGUUUGGUUUUGUAUGUUUCUCCUCAGCAAAAGAAGCCAGCAAAGCAGCUACAGAAAUGAAUGGUAGAAUUGUGGCUACCAAGCCAUGGUCUGUAGCUUUAGCUCAGUGCAAAGAAAAGUGCCAGGCUCACCUCACUAACAAGUGUAUGCAGAGACCGACAAAUGUGACAGCUAUGCUCAUCCCCAAAAGCAACCCCUACCAGCUGGCAGCUGACCCACUGACUCAGAACCAUGCUCCAUACUAUUCUCCUAGCCAAACUGCUCAACAAAGACUGAGUCCUCACUGGACUGCUCAGGGUGCCAGACCUCAUCCAUUCCAAAAUAUGCCCAGUGCUACCUGCCCAGCCUCUCCUAGACCACCACUUAGUACUAUGAGACCAGUUUCUUCACAGGUUCCACGAGUCAUGUCCACACAGCGUGUUGCUAACACAUCAACAAAGACAGUGGGUUCACGUCCUGUAGCUGCUGCUGCUGCUACUGCUCCUGCUGCUGCUACUACUUCUGCUGUCCUCCCUGUUCCACAGUGUAACUAUACUACAGGAGUUCGCAGUCCUCAACAUCUUAAUGCACAGCCACAAGUUACCAUGCCGCAGCUUGCUGUUCACGAACAAGGUCAGAAGCCUUUGACUGCUUCCAUGUUGGCAUCUGCCUCUCCUCGAGAGCAAGAGCAAAAGCAACUGUUGGGCGAAUGGCUCUUUCCUUUAAUUCAGUCCUUAUACCCUACUUUGGCUGGUAAAAUCACUUGCAUGUUGUUGGAAAUUGAUAAUUCAGAGCUUCGUCGUGUGCUUGAGUCUCCACGGUCUCUCUGUUCCAAAGUUGAUGAAGCUGCAGCUGUAUUACAAGCCCACCAAGCUUAAGAGGCUGUCCAGAAAGGAGUUACCAGUGUCACUGGUGUACCAUCUCCCGUGCCCCCUUUUUUCUGACUUCUCAGUGAGCUCACUUCUUUUACAGUGGCUUCUAUUUCCUAGAGAGCCAAAGCAACCCUGCCUAGGCUGUGUCAUGUUCCUUUUUCUAUCUUAAGCCCUUCCUUUGUUUCACUGUCCCCAUCUAUAAUAAACAUACUGUCAAAAUC